AUGUGCGGCACUCGCAGACCGAACCCCGCCGACGCCGAUCUCUCCGCCCUGGCACGGAACUUGUCUCUGCACAAAUCCAACAGGGACUCGUCGCCUGCGUCCAGCGACAGGAACCCUUUCGAACAGGAUGGCGUCUCGCCUGGCACUCCCCCUGCAACCCGUGCAGAUGCCUCGCACUACUCGGAAGCCGAUGAGAAGCGUCUCCACGAGUCGGAUGGCCACUACUGGGCUCAUCGACGUGUCUCUUCUUCUCACCACAGCUCUCCUGCCAUCGAUAUCCCCACUCGUCUUCAGGGCUCUUUCACGGCCGAUUCGCAGAACGAGCUAGAGCCCACUUUUGCUUCCACUUCGCUCGCAGAGAGGUCUUCGGUAUUUUCCUCGGGUUCUCUUCAAGACGACCGCCGUUCGAAUGCUGAUCUCGACAUUUCUGGAGAUGGCAGUCACGUUCCUCCUCCCAACGUAGCUACCAUCUUUUACGAUGGUCAACCUGCUCAAAACUCUCUUUCCAAGCACACCAACCUCCAAGCCGCCCAGCAGGCGGCCCAUUUUGCCGCAUCUCCUGCCGAAGCCGCUGCUGCUGCUGCCGGUCUUGGUGCGGCUCCUCACGCUCCCCUCGCGCCUCGACCUGAUGCGGCUGAUCCCACCCACUUGGACGCCUCCAACGUCGCCGUCCACUCUGAACUCUCGGGCGAGCUCCGAGCCCUGUAUGCCAGCUUGCAGACCUGCCUUGAGCUAAGGGACAAGUACAUGGGCGCCAGUCUUCAAGGUGCUAUGGAGGACAACCCCAAGAAUUGGGACGCAGAACAUUGUGCUCGUCAAGAGGCUGCUAACGGUGACAAGUCUUUCCCCACACCCUCUGGUCCUGUCGCAGAGGGCUCCAUCAAAAUUGAUGGAUCUUCCUGGGACUCUGACUUGGGCAAGCCUAAGCCUUGGCGCAUCUACCCUGCUCCUCCUCGUCCUCACUGGGAGCUCUUCAAUCCUCCCCCCGAGUCGUCAUUCGUUGUGCGUCCUACGUCUGUCAACCCGCUUCCGCCGCCCAUCCCACCCGCCAGUCCAGCCAAUGCUCAGGCAGCCCAGGCUCUUCUCGAAAGCACUGGUGGAAAGCCUGGUCUCUAUCGCGAACAGGAUGUCAUCCUCCCGGCUAGGCACACACGCAACGGAUCCGACGUCACCUGGCAUAUGGACGAGACCGGGGUCAUCCAGGUCUACGAGGGUAAGGCUCCUUCAGCACUGUCUACCCCAACUUCAAGCGUCGAUGAGCCUGCGCCUGCCACCACCCCCACUGGUCCUCGAAAGAGCCCUCUCUUCAACGUUCCUACCAUUAGGGAAUACUUCAAGGACCUCGACUAUCUGCUUAGCGUCAUCUCGGACGGUCCCGUCAAGAGCUUUGCCUGGCGCAGACUCAAGUACCUUGAGAGCAAGUGGAACCUCUACUUCCUCCUCAACGAGUACCGCGAGCUCGCCGACAUGAAACGCGUCCCUCACCGUGACUUCUACAAUGUUCGUAAGGUCGACACUCACAUUCACCAUAGUGCUUCCAUGAACCAGAAGCAUCUCUUGCGCUUCAUCAAGGCCAAGAUCAAGCGUUUCCCUGAUGACAUUGUCAUCCACCGUGACGGCAAGGAUCUCACGCUGCAGCAAGUGUUUGAAUCGCUCAAACUUACUGCUUACGACCUCAGCAUCGACACACUCGACAUGCACGCUCACCAGGACGCCUUUCAUCGCUUUGACAAGUUCAACCUCAAGUAUAACCCCAUGGGCGAGUCGCGUCUGCGUGAGAUCUUCCUCAAGACCGACAACCUCAUCAAAGGUAGAUACCUCGCCGAGCUCACCAAGGAGGUCAUGACCGAUUUGGAGCAGAGCAAGUAUCAGAUGGCCGAAUACCGUGUCUCAAUCUACGGUAGAACCAAGGGCGAAUGGGACAAGCUUGCUGGCUGGGUCGUCGACAACGGCCUCUUCAGCCCCAACGUCCGAUGGCUGAUCCAGGUGCCUCGUCUCUAUGACGUCUACAAGGCCAACGGCACCGUCGACAACUUUGAGCAGAUCAUCCGCAACGUCUUUGAGCCUCUGUUCGAAGUCACGCAGAAUCCGCAGAGUCACCCCAAGCUCCACGUUUUCUUGCAGCGCGUCGUUGGCUUUGAUUUGGUUGAUGACGAGAGCAAACCAGAGAGGCGCGUUCACAAAAAGUUCCCCGUGCCCAAGCUGUGGGACUUUAAGGACAGCCCCCCGUAUAACUAUUGGCUCUACUACAUGUUUGCCAACAUCUCGAGCUUGAACCAGUGGCGAAGGCUACGCGGCUUCAACACAUUCGUCCUGCGCCCCCACGCCGGCGAGGCGGGCGACACGGACCACAUGGCUGCUGCCUUUUUGACUUCGCAGUCCAUCUCGCACGGCAUCUUGCUGCGAAAGGUGCCCGCGCUGCAGUACCUCUACUAUCUCAAGCAGAUUGGGCUGGCCAUGUCGCCACUGAGCAACAAUGCGCUCUUCCUGUCGUACGACCGCAACCCGUUCCCAACUUUCCUCAAGCUCGGCAUGAACGUUUCCAUCAGCACCGACGAUCCGCUGCAGUUCCACUUGUCUAAGGAGCCUUUGCUUGAGGAGUACUCGGUCGCGACGCAGAUCUACAAGCUGACACCCGCCGACAUGUGCGAGUUGGCGCGCAAUUCGGUUUUGCAAUCGGGUUGGGAGAUGGAGAUCAAGCGUCAUUGGCUUGGGCCCAACUUCCAGCUGCCGGGUCCGAGAGGAAAUGUGGUCGCCAAGAGCAAUGUUCCGGACAUUCGUCUCCGGUUCAGGGAGGAGACGCUCCGGGAAGAGCUCGAUUUAGUGUGGCAGAACCAGGCUUCCGCUGCUUGA